AUGGAAAAUAAACAGAAUAUUUCGACCAUUAACGGGCGCGAUGUUUUUGAUAAAGAACAAGAUCACACAUUUAAAGGCUUUGAUUACAAGCAGCAAACGUCGGCCUUAACACAGCUUAAGGACCAAGGAUCGGAAAGCAACCUUGACAAUAAAGAAGUAAAAUUUGUGCCUCAAAUAUCAAUCGUCGAGACAAUUCAGAACCCCGUUGACAGUCAUGCCUCUGAAAAUGUCGAGUCCCAGCAGGAAAUUUUUAUCUUACAGAAGAUUCAAAAUCGAGGAAACUCCGUGAAUUUCUUCAAUGCCGAGCAGAAGCGCAGCGGUCGGACGUUGCUGGAGCAGCGAAAGAAGCUGCGACUGAAAAAGUCUCCGCCGUCUCCUCAGCAGCGACACAAGAAGCACAAAGAAGCGGAAACUCCGCAAGCCGCGUCCCACAGAGUGAACGUCGUUGAGGAAAUCCCCACUCUUGAUGUUGGUCCGCUGGUGAAGGUGCGCGUGUCUGCGGGCCACACCGCGCGUCUGCCCUGCGCUCACCAGCCGCUGUACGGCAACGACUCGACGCGCCUGGUGCUGUGGUACAGGAAUGAUACGUCCAGACCCUUCCUCAGGUGCUGUGGUACAGGAAUGAUACGUCCAGACCCUUCCUCAGGUGCUGUGGUACAGGAAUGAUACGUCCAGACCCUUCCUCA